AUGCCCCUGCACGUUGCACAGGGUGCUAAGCUCAGGGGAGCAUCUCAAAUAAUUGGUGUUGACACUAAUCCUGAAAAGGGUGAAAAUGAAAAAGCUUUUGGAAUUACAGCACUUAUCAACCCUCAUGACAGCAAAGAUCCUAUUCAACAGGUUAUUAAGAAUCUGACAGGUGGAGGGGCUGAUUACUCAUUUGAAUGUAUAGGUGACACUGGAAUGGUAACUACUACUUUGCAGGGAUGGGGGUUGACAGUUACACUUGGUGUGCCAAAAGUGAAGCCGGAGGUAACAGCUCAUUAUGGAAUAUUUCUUACUGGAAGAACAUUGAAGGGAUCUCUAUUUGGAGAAUGGAAACCUAAAUCUGAUCUCCCUUCAUUAGUAGAUAUGUACACAAAAAAGUCCUCGUAUGUUAAUGGUGGUCAUAAAAAUUUUCAUAGCAACAAGGGAAAGGGCAGGUUUAAUCAAGGUCAGCGACCAUUUAAUCCGAGACCACAGUUUUAUACUCAAACCCAUGUGUUGCCCACACCAACUCCAGGUGUUCUUGGUCAAUUUCCCACUUCUCAGUAUACAUCUCCAUCAGCCCCACUUUUUCCUACUUGUCAAUUGUGCAACAGUGAAGGUCACACUGCUCCAUUCUGUGGGUCUAAUCCUCCUGCGAGGUCCAAGUGUCAUAUUUGUGGUAAAACAAAUCACACCACAUGGUACUGCUUUUAUAAUGAUAACGGUCCGAACUUUAUUGGUGUUGGAGGUUUUUCCCAGGCUCCUCGGAUGCCUUCUUCCUCACUUGGAUAUUCUUCAGCUCAAUCUCAUCACUCUCAACAAUCCCCAAUGCAAGCUAUGCAUACUGUUAUGCAACCAUCUCAGCCACCCUCAUCUCAGGGUCUACCUCAAGUAUGGCUUACUGAUUCUGGGGCAACCAAUCACAUGACUGCAGACUUAUCCACUUUAUCUUUGGCUACACCUUAUCCCACAAAUGAAACAGUUCAAACUGCUAAUGGUGAAGGUUUGUCGGUAUCAUGUGUUGGUAACUCUGUUAUUCCUACACGAGUCAAGCCAAUCAACUUGAAUUCAGUUCUAUAUGACAAAGCCACAGGGAGGAUUCUUUACAAAGGGCUGUGCAGUAAUGGACUUUAUCCCAUUCCUCUUGCAUCUUCUCAUUCUGUUCUCACAACCACCAAACUUCAACCUCGAGCAUAUCUUGGUCAGCUAGUCCUCUCUUCUACUUGGCAUCAUAGACUAGACUUAGUGCCACAUUCAAAGGUUAUUUUUCAAUCUCUUCCUCUGCCACGUCCAUCUCCUCCUUUACCUGUUGUCACCACUAACAAUCUUAUUGCAUUGCCUACCUCUCAUGACACUACUGCAUCAGAUGCUUUCAUUUCACCUAGCAAUACUCCUGCUUCAUCCUCUUUACCAUCACCUCUGUCCAUUACUGGUGCAUCUCCAUCUUUAUCAUCAAUCCCUGUGGUACCUGAGUCCAAUGCUGGAGCCCUGUCAACUGACACUUUACCAUUGGCUGAUUCUUUUCAACCUGACUCCAUGCAAAUAGUUCUUGAGGUUCCUCCUAUGAAUCUGCAUCCCAUGCAAACUCGAAGUAAAAGUGGCAUUGUGAAGAAGAAGGUUUUUCUAACAACUCUACAGGAGUCUGGGGGUGUUGAUUUAUCCUUAGUUGAGCCUGCCGCUUACAAGUCAGCUUUAAAAGUGCCCGUUUGGUUGACUGUUAUGAAAGAGGAAGUCGAUGCUCUUCAUUCUCAGGGGACCUGGAGUUUGGUGCCAUUACCUCCUAACAAGAAUCUGGUGGGAUGUAAGUGGAUUUUUAAGAUAAAAAAACAUGCAGAUGGGUCUAUUGCACGACAUAAGGCGCGAUUGGUUGCUAAAGGGUUCAGUCAAGAACCAGGUCAAGAUUAUGGGGAAACUUUCAGUCCUGUCGUUAAACCAACUACAGUGCGGAUUGUCUUAGCUCUUGCUGCCCAUUUUGGUUGGCCGUUACGCCAACUCGAUGUCAAGAAUGCUUUUUUGCAUGGUAUUCUCCAAGAAGAGGUGUACAUGGCUCAACCUCCUGGAUUUGGGGAUUCUCAUCAUCCAACUUUGGUUUGUGUUGAGGCCCAAAUAAAUUCUCGGCCCAAUGCGAUGCUUUACCAAGAAGAAACCCGAUUUGGGCACGCGAAAGUUCAUCAUAUGCGCUUGCACACAUGCCACGCCAAGCGACACGCCACGCCAAGCAAGGAAUUAUUAUUCCGCACCUAA